AUGGUGCGCUUAGCGUUAACAGUGUCCUACGUUCUGGCUUGUUUUAAGCUGGGCGUAGUCGGCCAGUUUGAAUGGCAACCGAUUGAUCAUUUUGACGAAAUCCAAGCUAGGGUAAACCUAGUUAACAAGGAUAAUUGUCAAAUAAAACGGGAUAAUGAUUUAUAUUUGCCUCCUGAUUCAGUAUCUCACUUGCCUAACAUCAAGGAUAUCAAUAUCAAUCCAGUAUUCCCCAAUAGAACUGGUCUAUUGUACAUCCACAACUUGGCAAUAAGUCGUGCUUACUUUUGGAGUUACAGUUUACAGUCGCGAUUUAUCAGACCAGCUCUCAAUGACACCUACGAUCCAGGAAUGAUGUACUACUUCUUAUCAUCAGUCGCUGAUGUAUCUUCAAACCCUCAUGUCAAUGCUUCAGCGACUUACUUUGCACCCAAUAUGUCAUUUACUCCAAGUUAUCGAGGCUUCUUCAACAAAACACUACCGAGAUUUGCACCAAGAGUCAUAAGAGCUGAUGACUUUAAUGAUCCUGUUCACAUGGAGAGAAUAUCUACCAGAAAUACUUUUACAGCUGAUGAUCUUGGUGCUUUUGCACCGUCUAGUUUUAGUCUUGAUUACACUAACGCGCUCUAUCGAAUUAAUAAAUGGUAUUCAGCUUGGUUACCAGAUGUAAAUCCUCAGAAAAGACAUGACACUAAAACAACCUACCAAGUAGAAAUUAGAUAUGCUAACAAUACUAAUGAGACUUACUCAUUUCACGGUCCACCAGGUGCUGAUGAAAAUCCGGGUCCAGUAAAAUGGACAGAGCCUUACUUUGAUUGUGAUCGUUCAAACCGUUGGUUAGUAGCUGCAGUAGUACCCAUUGCAGAUAUUUACCCCCGUCAUACAGCUUUCCGGCACAUUGAAUAUCCAACAUACACCGCUGUCUCUGUAAUUGAAAUGGAGUAUGAGAGAAUAGAUAUCAAUCAAUGUCCUAAAAGUGAUGGUAAUAAUGGACCAAAUCAUUUUUCUAACACUGCUAAGUGUAAAAACGAAACAACUGAAUGUGAACCGUUGCAUGGAUGGGGUAGUGGUAGAAGAGGAGCAUAUCAAUGUCGUUGUAGACCUGGGUAUCGACUACCUUCACAAGUUCGUAGACCAUAUUUAGGUGAAAUUAUUGAACGUGCUACUGAUGAGCAGUAUCACAAUGGAUUUGAUUGUGUCCCCAUUGGAUACCGACAAGUAUUACCGAUUGAAUGGCAUAAAGCGCCUAAAUAUUUGAGAGAUAAAUAUUUGGAAAAAUAUCCAGAGUAUGUAAAUUCUACGGUUGGUCCUGAAUCAUUCCAAACACCAAAAAUAAAUAUACAUAACGUACUAACAUUCAUGAGGAGUGUUAAUGGACAUAAUUGUAAAUUGUACACCAAAGCAGAUUUGACACUUCAUGGAGAUGUUGGUUACGGCAGUACGGAAUUUUUUGAAAAUCAAGCAAGAAUGGCCACUCGUCUGGCUAACUUUAUCAGUGCUUUCCUCCAAUUAAAUAACCCCAAAGAGGUUUACUCAGGUAAACGAGUACCCGACAAAGAACUGACGGAAGAUCAGAUGAUGGGUGAAACCUUGGCUCUUCUUCUCGGAGACACAAAAAUUUGGGCUGCUGGUACUUAUUGGGAUCGUAAUAAAUUUACAAACAGAACCUUCUUUGCACCCUAUGCCCACAAACCUCAAUUAAAUACAAGAAAAUAUUACAUCGAAGACAUUGCUCGAUUGAACGCCACUGGUGAAGUCUACACCAACAAGCCUUGGUUUAAAUUUUUGCAGCAACGAUGGGCGACCAACUUUGAUGAACUCGAAAAAUAUUAUUUGAAACUUCACAUCCGUUUUAACGAGACUGGCGAGUACCACAAGAAAUUUGAGCAGUACCCAACAUCUUACAGGGCGGCAAACCUGAAUCAUGGUCACUGGACAACUCCGUACUUUGAUUGUAACGGUAAGGUGAAUAAAUGGGUAAUUACCUAUGCAUCCCCAUUUUUCGGCUGGGACAGCUUGAGGCUAAAACUGGAAUUCAAGGGUGUCGUUGCUGUUACUAUGAACUUGAUGGAUAUGGACAUUAACCAGUGUGACGAUAAAUUCUAUGUUCCUAAUGCGUUCAAGGGCACCCACAAAUGUGACCGAAAAACAUCAUAUUGCGUACCAAUAUUCGGAAGAGGUUUUGAUCUAGGUGGAUACAAAUGCGAAUGCAAACAGGGCUUUGAGUAUCCUUUAGAAGAUCCAACGACCUACAUAGAUGGUCAAAUUAUGGAAGCGGAAUUCCAAAAUAUCAUAGAAGAUAAAAAAACGAGAAUCGGCUUAUUCAAAUGUCGAUUGGCUGGUGCGAGCGCAGCACAAGCUAGCUACACACUCGUCAUUUUAAUGGCCAUGUUUUUCAUUUUCCGUGUCGCUCAGAGAUAA